AUGAUAAAUAGACAUUAUUUAUUUUUCUAUUUUGUUAAUUAUAUUGUUUUUUGUAAAAUAAGUUUUACAAAUAUAGAAUAUUUUAAAAAUAUCAAAGUAUCAAAGAAUAAAAUAAAUCUGGAAAAAUGUAUGUGGAAUAGCUUAAAUAUUAAUAAAACUAAUUGUAAAGGAAGGUUUCUACAUGAAAUUAAAAAUAACAUGUUACAUAUAAAAAAAAAAUUUAAAAAUCCUCAAUCACAAAUCAAUAUUUCAUAUGAGGAGAAUAAGUCUAAUAAGGAAAAUAGAUAUAAAAAAAAUGAUAUAGAUGAUAUAAUAAUAAAGAAAUUAAUUAUAAGAUUUAAAGAACAUAAUAAUUUUUUAAGAUUGAGAAUUUUUAAAAAAAGAUUUAUGAAUAUUCUAUCACACUGUGGAAGAGUUAAAAGAUUAGAUGAUAUAAAUUUUUAUUUGUAUGAUUUUUUUAAAGGAUUAAGUGAAACAUACUUAAAAAUGUGCUUACAAUUAUUAAAGAGCAAAAGAAUUAGUGUUGAAUUGGAUUAUAAAAUUAAGAAUAAUGAAGAAAAAAGCAUGAAUACAUCAGAAAAAAUUAUUGAUGUAUCACAUGACAGCCGUUUGGAUAGUAUAUGCAAUAUGUUUAAAUUAAAUAAUAAUUCAAAUUUUAAAUUUCUUUUAAAUAAAAUGUAUAAAAAAUGCAAUAUGACUAAUAUACUAGAAGGCUAUGAUAUAAUUCAAUUAAAAGAAGCAAUGGAAUUAGCAGGGCCAUAUGAAAUAAAUGAUGUAAAUGUGUGUAUUGUUGAUACAGGAAUUGAUCAUAACCAUGAUGAUUUAAAAGAUAAUAUUAUAGAAAUAAAAAAAAGUAAAAGAAAUAAGAUAAAAGGUGAUACUUUAUACAAUAAUGGAGAAAAUUCAAUGGAUAGACAUGGUCAUGGGACUUUUAUAGCUGGGAUUAUUGCCGGUAAUUCUCAAAAAGAUAAAGGUAUAAAAGGAAUUAGCAAAAAAGCUAAAUUAAUAAUUUGCAAAGCAUUAAAUGACAAUAAUACUGGUUAUAUAAGUGAUGUCUUAGAAUGUUUUAAUUUCUGUGCUAAAAAAAAAGCUAGAAUUAUUAAUGCUAGUUUUGCUAGUACAGCUGAUCAUUCAUCUUUAUUUAAUGCUUUAAUGAAAUUACAAGAAAAAAACAUUUUAGUUAUAACAUCAUCUGGAAAUUGUUCAGGAAAUAAUAAAAAAAAUACCUUUCAGCAUUGCAAUUUAGAUGUUAAGAAAUUAUAUCCAUCUGCUUAUACUGUAAAAUUAAAUAAUAUAAUUAGUGUAUCUAAUAUGCUUCAGCAGCCAAAUGGGAACUUAAUUAUAUCACCCGAUUCUUGUUAUAGUAAAAGUUAUGUUCAUUUAGCUGCACCUGGAAAAAAUAUAAGAUCAACAUUGCCUCAUAAUAAAUAUGCAAUAAGUAGCGGUUCUUCUUUUUCUGCUGCUAUUAUUACAGGUUUUGCUUCUUUAAUGCUGUCAAUAAAUUCAGAAUUAACAUGCUUCCAAAUUAUUGAAAAAUUUAAAAAUUCGAUAACUCAUGAGAAAUCACUUAAAAAUAAAGUUAAAUGGGGAGGCUUCAUAAAUGCAUAUAACUUAAUUAAGUCUACUGCAGAAUCUUUACAAUAUAAUUAA